CAUGAAUGGUGUUCCUAUGCAGCUAUAUAAACUGCCACAUUGCACCUCAGCACAGAAGAUAGAAGAGGGCAUCAUAUGUCAGUCCACUUUGGAGGAGCUGUGUGUAGAACACAAGGGAUGCAAACCUGCCUUCCUGGCGCUGACUGCUGACAACUGGUUGGUAAGACAUGACCUGGAGACAGGACACAAACUACAGGAGGUCUUCCUGUCCAACAAGUACAAGUUUAGACACCUGUCCUGGGAGUCAGACCUGUAUACCAUUGUUCUGCGCUCAACACACAGCAAAUUAGCAAGUGUGGCCCGUCAGGCAGGGUUCACACACUCGCCCCUGAUGUCUCUGGCUGUGUUCACAGUCUUUCCUCUCAACAUUGUAGCUGUAAUGGAGGUCAGUAAGCAGGUGUUUGGUCAUGAUGUGACAGAUGCUAUGAUAUCUCAGGGACUUCUAGUUGUCAUGCACCAGGGCGGCGGAGUCAGACUGUACAGCUUUGAAACCGUCCUGCUGGAGGGAAAACAAUUUAACCUCAGCCUUCAGAGCACACAUCCUGGUGGAAGAGGAAAGACAGGGUCUUACCCAGAUGGUAUACCAUGCAAUGUUAAUCUGAAAGAGGCACCCCCUGUGUUGUUCCACGUGCGUUGUUCAGAACACAACCUACAGCUGGGCGGAAUACCCUGGCAUUACAUGCUCUGCCCCCAGGGACAGAGAGGCUUCUUCCACGUCUACUCCCUCGACAAACAGCACUUGGCUGAGGAGGGUAUCCUGGACAUGGAGAUCCUCUCUGUGGAACCUGACAAGGCUUUCUUCCAUCCUGAUGACUCAGGUAGAAUUGUCCAUGUAGGACCUAACCAGCUCAGGUGA